GCAGGCCCCGGGUAACAGAGCCACCUUCUGCAUCCUGCUGAGCUCUGUUCUUUCCAGCACCUCCCAAUCGCCUUGCUCCACCAGGAACAAGCCGUCAUGUCUCGCCAGUCGAGUGUGUCCUUCCGGAGUGGGGGAGGCCGUAGCUUCAGCGCUGCCUCUGCCAUCACCCCAUCUGUCUCUCGCACCAGUUUCACCUCUGUGUCCCGAGCUGGGGGUGGUGGUGGCGGCUUUGGCAGGAUCAGCCUUGGGGGUGCUGGUGGAGGAGGCGGCUAUGGCAGCCGGAGCCUCUACAACCUGGGGGGCUCCAAGAGGAUCUCCAUCAGCACUGGUGGUGGCAGCUACAGAAACCGAUUUGGUGCCAGUGGUGCCUAUGGCUUUGGAGGUGGAGCUGGGAGCGGAUUUGGCUUAGGUGGUGGAGCUGGUAGUGGCUUUGGGCUUGGUGGAGGUGGUGGAUUUGGGCUUGGUGGAGGUGCUGGAUUUGGACUUGGUGGUGGAGGUGGUGGCUUUGGAGGUGGCUUUGGGGGCCCUGGCUUCCCCGUCUGUCCUCCUGGAGGCAUCCAAGAGGUCACUGUCAACCAGAGUCUCCUGACUCCCCUCAACCUGCAAAUCGACCCUGCCAUCCAGCGAGUGCGGACUGAGGAGCGGGAGCAGAUCAAGAGCCUCAACAACAAGUUCGCCUCCUUCAUCGACAAGGUGCGCUUCCUAGAACAGCAGAACAAGGUCCUGGACACCAAGUGGACCCUGCUCCAGGAGCAGGGCACCAAGACUGUGAGGCAGAACCUGGAGCCCCUGUUCGAGCAGUACAUCAACAACCUUAGGAGACAGCUGGACAGCGUCCUUGGGGAGAGAGGCCGCCUGGACUCAGAGCUGAGGAACAUGCAGGACCUGGUGGAGGACUUCAAGAACAAGUAUGAAGAUGAAAUCAACAAGCGUACCACCGCUGAGAAUGAGUUUGUGAUGCUGAAAAAGGAUGUGGACGCCGCCUACAUGAGCAAAGUGGAGUUAGAGGCCAAGGUCGAUGCAUUGAUGGAUGAGAUCAACUUCUUGAAGAUGUUCUUUGAGGCGGAGCUGUCCCAGAUGCACACGCACAUCUCCGACACCUCUGUGGUCCUCUCCAUGGACAACAACCGCAGCCUGGACCUGGACAGCAUCAUCGCCGAGGUCAAGGCCCAGUAUGAGGACAUUGCCAACCGCAGUCGGACGGAAGCUGAGUCCUGGUACCAGACCAAGUACGAGGAGCUGCAGCAGACAGCUGGCCGGCAUGGUGAUGAUCUUCGCAACACCAAGCAUGAGAUCUCUGAGAUGAACCGGAUGAUCCAGAGGCUGAGAGCAGAGAUCGACAAUGUCAAGAAGCAGUGCGCCAACCUGCAGAACGCCAUUGCUGAUGCUGAGCAGCGUGGGGAGCUGGCCCUGAAGGACGCCAGGAACAAGCUGGCCGAGCUGGAGGAUGCCCUGCAGAAGGCCAAGCAGGAUAUGGCCCGGCUGCUGCGCGAGUACCAGGAACUGAUGAACACCAAGCUGGCCCUGGACGUGGAGAUUGCCACCUACAGGAAGCUGCUGGAGGGCGAGGAGUGCAGACUGAGUGGAGAAGGAGUUGGACCAGUCAAUAUCUCUGUGGUCACGAGCAGCGUCUCCUCUGGCUACGGAAGUGGUGGCGGCGGCGGCGGCGGCUACGGCUUCGGUAGUGGUCUCGGAGGCGGCGGCGGUCUCGGCGGUGGUCUCGGCGGCGGCCUCGGCGGUGGUCUCGGCGGCGGCCUCGGCGGCGGCGGUGGCAGCUUCUACUCCAGCAGCAGUGGGGGCGCCGGCACAGGCAGUUUGCUCAGUGCAGGGGGUUCUGGCUUCAGUUCAAGCAGUGGCCGAGGCAUGGGGGUGGGCUUUGGCAGCGGAAGUGGGGGCAGCAGCUCCAGCGUCAAAUUUGUCUCCACCACCUCCUCCUCCUCCCGGAAGAGCUACAAGAGUUAAGCGCCUGCUGCAAGUCUGCCUCCCAAGGGCAGCAACCGGCCCCUGGUGACUGCCUCUUCUAGGUGGUUGCCAAGCCAAGUUUUCUCUUUUACUGGAGUGUAGUCUAGACCAUGCCGAUUGCAGAAUCACAGUCUUCCAUCCCGGGAAAGGCCCGAUAUCUAGUCUCCUAUGCGGUGAUCCUAAGUUCUGCUUCAAAUCGGCCUAAAUUUAAGUCUCUACAGCAUGAUCCUUGAUGAGAGAAAAAUCCAAAGUUUUCCAGUAUCCAAACUAUGAAAACAGAGUUCCCACCCAGCCCUCAAUUUUGUUCUGGUUCUGACUACCUCCAGAGUGUGUUCAAUAAAAUGCUUUUAUAAUAUAA